AUGGCAUACAAUUCCUAUACUUCCCAACCCGGUGCGCCGCAGGCAGCUCUUUCCUCGCAGUCUCUCCCAGUCGUCAACUUCCCCCGUCGACCUGGCUUCGGAAGUGACGGCAGAAAACUGCAAGUGACUACCAACCACUUCGAGCUGACCUGGGCUGGACAGCACCUCAUCACGCACUACAGCGUCGAUAUCGAGCCGGAGAUCACAGCCGGCGACGUGACGCGUCGCAAGUAUGAGAUCAUCGACCAUCUGCAGACGAUCUCCUAUCCCCAGGUGUUCUCCCCGCGUGCCUCAUAUGACGGGGACAAGAACCUCUACGCUUCAGCCGAAUACCCGAUUGGCAAAACUGAAAAUUUCCACGUUCUCAUGACCAAGAAAAAAUCCCCUCCUCCCCCUGGCAGCCCGGGGCACUUCAUUCUCCGCCUCACUAUCGUGAACACUGUACGCCCUCAGCUGCUUAUGGACUACAUACGCAAUGGUCAGGCGCCAAGCUCGAAUGAGGUGCUCCAAAUCCUUAACUGUCUCAAUGUCAUACUCCGCCAGGCUGCGAUCCACUGGAACGAGGGUCCCCUGCUGGAUGUCGUCAUGACCUAUCUGAACAAGCGUAAUGUCCGCGACCUGCAGAACUUGUCCGACGCCGAAAUCAAUAACCUCAAUCGCUAUCUAAAGGACGUCAGAGUCAGGUUUUCUCACAAACCCGGGAUGAAGGGAAGGCCUAUCCAUAAGUUUGACAAGCGUGGAGCGGACAAGAUCGAGUUAGAGGAUGAUGGACCAAAGAUUACCCAAUAUUUUCUAGACACUUACAACGUCACCCUCCGUUACCCCUACGCGUGCUGUGUCUGGGUGUCGAAGACCGCCGCACUCCCUCUAGAAAUGUGCAUCAUCGAGCCGGGGCAGCUGUACAGGAAAAAAAUCAAUCAAGGUGACCUGACCCGCGAAAUGAUCGCAUUCUCGAACCGAAAGCCGGACCAGCGCAUCAACACUAUUGUACAGGGUCUCGGAGAUAUGAUGUAUGACCGGAGCGACUACAUGAACAAUGCGGGCCUGCGUGUUGGCGUACAACCGAUCCAAUGCGAAGGACGCCAGCUACGGGGGACUCCAGUGGAGUACAAGGAUGGGAAGCUUGACGUGACCAAUGGCGCAUGGAACUUGCGAGGUAAGGAGUUCGUUCGCAGCGCUAGCGUGGGCGUCUGGGUCGUUGUCAACCUCUGCCCCGGCGCUGGAAGAGGGAGUUUUUCUCGGCAACAAACGCAAGAGCUUGUGAAGACGAUGGAACUGCUGAAAGUCGGAAAUGAUGUGCGCAAUCGGUAUAAAGUGCCAAAGCCUAACUUGUAUCUCAUCAUCACCAACGGUUCUGCGGAUCUCUACACUCGUGUUAAACACUGGGGUGAUAUCGUCAUGGGCGUGGCUACUCAGCACGUCAGACUGGACAAAGUCACUCGACCAAACAUGCAAUAUUGUGCGAAUGUCGCUAUGAAAAUUAAUCUCAAACUCUCCGGACAAAACCAUUUCCCUAUGGGUGCUGCCAUCAAGGAGUUGGCUAAAGUUCCUUUCAUGGUAUUCGGGGCUGAUACGAGCCAUCCCGGACCCGGAGAAAAAGACAAGCCUAGCAUUUCUGCACUGGCAGCCAGUGUGGAUAGGAAUGUGACCGUUUAUGUUACGACUGUUCGUGCACAAGAGGGGAAAGUUGAAAUUCUCAAGGAUCUUCAGGAAAUGACCCAGUGGGCAAUUGCUCGGUUCCAGGAGUACCAGAAGGCUACGAUUGGGAAAAGCAACAUCGUGCCGCAGACGGUAAUCUUUUAUAGGGAUGGUGUCAGCGAGGGUCAAUUCGCUGAGGUGUACACGAGCGAAGUGCAGGCAAUCCGCAGCGCCUUCGAGGCUAUGGGGCUCAAGCCGCCAAAGAUAACUUUCAUGGUCGUAGGAAAGCGUCAUCACGUUCGAUUCUUCCCGAAGCGCUCGGACGCCGAUCGCACAGAAAAUGCACCUGCUGGGUUUGUGGUUGACACUGACGUUGCUCACCCAUACGAGUGGGACUUCUACUUGCAGAGUCACGCUGGUCUCCUUGGCACGUCUCGUCCAAUGCAUGUCUCGGUGGUCGCCGACGAGAACGGAUUCAGUGCGGAUAGCCUGCAGAAUCUGACGUUCGCUUUGACCCAUAAUUUCCCUCGAGCCACCAGGACGGUCAGCAUCCCAACCCCGGUCUAUCAUGCAGAUCUGGCUUGUGGUCGUGCACCCAUUCACUUCGACCCUAAUGCAGAUAUCGGAGGCGGAUUGAACAGUUUGGAGGCUUAUCAGAACGCACUCCGUCAGGCGCACAAGAAUCUUCAGCAGAGCAUGAUCUGGAUGUAG